AUGACUUCAACUCAGACUUCAAAGAACCUGUCCUUUGUCCUCGAGGGCAUUCACAAGGUCAAGUUCGAGGACCGUCCCGUCCCGGAACUCAAGGACCCUCACGAUGUUCUGAUCAAUGUCAAGUACACGGGUAUCUGUGGCAGUGAUGUCCACUACUGGGAACACGGCGCAAUCGGCAACUUCGUCGUCAAAGAGCCCAUGGUUCUCGGCCAUGAAUCCGCCGGUGUCAUCACUCAGGUCGGAUCCGCCGUGACCUCUCUGAAGGUCGGGGACCGGGUCGCCAUGGAACCCGGCACCUGCUGUCGUCGCUGCGAGCCCUGCAAGAGCGGCAAGUACAACCUCUGCGAGAACAUGGCCUUUGCCGCGACCCCGCCCUACGACGGCACCCUGGCCAAAUACUACAUCCUCCCCGAAGACUUCUGCUACAAGCUUCCCGAGUCCAUGUCCCUGCAAGAAGGCGCGCUCAUGGAACCCCUCAGCGUCGCCGUGCACAUCGUCCGCCAGGCCCAAGUAAGCCCCGGCCAAUCGGUCGUCGUCUUUGGCGCCGGCCCCGUCGGUCUCCUCUGCUGCGCCGUCGCCAAAGCUUUCGGCGCCAGCAAGGUCGUCGUCGUCGACAUCCAAGAAGCCCGUCUGGACUUUGCCAAGGAGUACGUCACCCCGCUGACCUUUGUGCCGGGCAAGGUGGCCGCGACCGAGAACGCGGAGCGCAUGCGUCAGGAACACGGGCUGGGCGCAGGUGCCGACGUCGCCAUCGAUGCCUCGGGCGCCGAACCCUCCGUGCACACGGGAAUCCACGUCCUCCGCAACGGCGGCACCUACGUCCAGGGCGGUAUGGGACGCAGCGAGAUCCAGUUCCCCAUCAUGGCGGCGUGCUCCAAGGAGUUGACCCUGCGGGGAAGUUUCCGCUACGGCAGCGGUGAUUACAAGUUGGCGGUGGAGCUGGUCUCUACCGGUAAAGUGAACGUGAAGAAGUUGAUUACGGGGACGGUCAAGUUCGAGGAGGCGGAGAAUGCGUUCAAGGACGUGAAGCAGGGUAAGGGGAUCAAGACCCUGAUUGCGGGAAUUGAUGUUUAA